AUGUCGAAAGGUGCUGCAGUAACACUAGCCAUGGGAUUGGUUUUUGUGGGCUUGUUGGGGCAGUGCUAUGGUGCUUCAUCACCAUUGCAGGUAGGGUUUUAUAAGGGGAAAUGCAAAGGGGUCGAUGUUGAGGCGAUUGUUGGCAGUGUGGUGAGAACGUGGUUCUUUAAGGAUCCUACAAUUACUGCUGCUCUCCUCCGCAUGCAAUUUCAUGAUUGCUUUGUUAAGGGUUGUGAUGCAUCUCUUCUUCUGGAUGGAAGCAACAGUGAGAAAACUGCAAUACCAAAUUUAAGUGUUAGGGGGUAUGAUCUUAUUGAUGCGGCAAAGGCAGCUGUUGAGGCCAUUUGCCCUGGUGUGGUCUCCUGUGCUGAUAUCAUUUCAAUGGCUGCUAGGGAUGCGGUUUCCAUGAGUGGUGGAGGACGGUACCCUGUAGAAACCGGGAGGAAAGACGGCACCUUGUCGCUUGCCACGCUUGUGAACCUGCCGCCACCCUUUAUAUCGGUCUCGGAUUCUAUCAAAGCAUUUCAGCAGAAAGGGCUUAAUGUGGUGGACAUGGUUUAUCUUCUUGGUGGGCACACCGUGGGAGUUGCUCAUUGUUCCCUCUUCCAAGAUCGUCUCUACAACUUCCAAAACAGUGGCCAACCAGACAAUACCAUGAGCCCUUUGCUGCGAUUUUUCCUGAGAAUCAGGUGUCCUCAAAAUGCUACAGUUGAUAACACAGUCAAUCUGGAUCAGAACCCUUUGAGCUCUUUAAUUGUUGACAACUCCUAUUACAAGCAAACAAAAUUGAACAGAGGAAUUCUGCAAAUUGAUCAACAACUGGCCCUGGACCCAUUGACCAAGGACAUUGUAACUGCAAUAGCAACCAGGUUCGAUUUCUCCACAAAGUUUGGUCAAGCCAUGGUUAAAAUGGGUGCUGUUGAAGUCCUAACAGGAAGCCAGGGGGAGAUUAGGAGUUCUUGCAGGGCAGUUAACAAAAAGGGCAAGGGACAAUGA